GUGCAGAGAGACACACAGACGAUCAGACUGAAUUCAGACCAAACUAGCAGCUUCCUCUGAGUGAGUCCAGCUACAGGAGAGACACCUCCAACACUGCUGCUUCAAGCUGCUGACAAUCCACACACUGAAUCUUCACUCAGACUCAAUGGCUUCCAGAUCAGAGGAUCUCUGCUGUCCAAUCUGCAAGGAGGUCUUCAGAGAUCCCGUUCUUCUGUCAUGUGGCCACAGCUUCUGUAAAGACUGUCUGAGGAGAUGGUGGAGAAAGAAACGGGCUCAUGAGUGUCCAGUUUGUAAGAGAAGAUCUUCAAAGUCAGAACCACCUUUAAACCAGGAUUUGAAGAACCGGUGCAAGUUGUUCUUACAGCAGAGAGAACAGAGAGGUCUCUGCAGUCUGCACUCUGAGAAACUCAAACUCUUCUGUCUGAACCAUCAGCAGCCAAUUUGUGUUGUCUGCAGAGACUCAGAUAAACACACCAACCACAGUUUCAGACCCAUCGAUGAAGCUGCACAAAAAAAAAAGAAGGAGCUUCAGGAAACUCUGGAGCCCUUAAAGAAGAAAUUAAAGAUCUGUGAAGAAGUUAAAGUGAAGUUUGAUCAAACAGCAGAACACAUCAAGGUCCAGGCCCGACACACAGAGAGGAAGAUUAAGGAGCGGUUUAAGAAGCUUCAGCAGUUUCUAGCACAGGAAGAGGAGGCCAGGCUAGCUGCACUGAGGGAGGAAGAGGAGCAGAAGAGUGGGAUGAUGAAGGAGAAGAUGGAGGCUCUGAGCAGAGAGAUAGCAGCUCUUUCACGUACAGUCAGAGCCACAGAGGAGGAGCUGACAGCUGAAGACGUCUCAUUCCUGCACAACUACAAGGCUGCAGUGGAAAGGAUCCAGCGCCGCCCCCUGCUGGAUGAUCCACAACUGCCCUCAGGAGCUCUGAUAGACCAGGCCAAACACCUGGGCAACCUGACCUUCAACAUCUGGAACAACAUGAAGAAAAUGGUCUCCUAUACUCCUCUCAUUCUGGACCCAAACACUGCUCAUCCACAACUCAUCCUUUCUGAAGAUCUGACCAGUGUGACACGAGGAGAGAGGCAGCAGCUUCCUGAUAAUCCAGAGAGGAUUGAUACAUACCACUCUGUCCUGGGCUCUGGGGGCUUUAACUCAGGGACUCACAGCUGGGAUGUUGAGGUUGGAGACAGUAUACAGUGGUUCCUGGGUGUGUUACCAGAGUCUGUAUCGAGGAAGGGAAACAAACUGAAUGGAUUAUGGGGAAUAUGGUUCUCUAAAGGUAAAUACUCAGCACUCUCACCAUCAGCUCCUCUCACUAAGCUCUCAUUACAGAAGAAGCUCCAGAGGAUCCGUGUGAAUCUGGACUGGAACAGAGGAAAGCUGUCGUUCUAUAAUCCUGAUACUAACACACACAUACACACCUUCACACACACUUUCACUCACAGGAUGUUUCCAUACAUUGACAUUGAUGGUAAAGCUAAGGUGUUACCACAGAAGGUGCCAGUGUGAGUGGAGCAAAUGAGUUAAAGAUGAUCAUAUUUCUAAUGUCGUUUCCUGUCAAUGAACUGAACCUGUUAAACUGCAACUGUCCUUCUGCUGCCUCGUUCUUCCAAAUCUAUUUGUUUCUCUUUUAGUUCUCACUGUUUCUUUCUCUUUCUGUUCUCCACCUGUUCACAUGGAAAAUCAUUUCACUGUUUCUCAGUGAAUGACUACCCAAACUACAGUUUCUAAUCAUUACAAGUGAUAAAUGUUUCUAUUUGAUGUGCGAGAGUGGAGGGAUUUAGGUUGCUGGGAUAUGGACUGAUGUGCUGAAUGGGUGGAGCAGUUUGUUGUCUUCUUGUCU